AUGUCCCAUACGAACCCCCCAAAACUCGAUAUCGAGAAGGCUCCAACGCCUGUACUCGUUUCAAGAAGUGAUGAUACAAAUGCCAACGAGAAUGACUCAAGUUCUCAGGGACGCCUUGAUGAGCUACUGGUGGAUUGGGAUGGCCCCGACGAUCCCCAAAACCCACUCAACUGGAGCAUGUUCUGGAAAUGGGCCGUUGCUCUGUUGACUUCCCUUGGGGGCCUGGUUACUCUGAUGAGCGGGGCGAUGUUGGCUCCAGCCCUGGAGACCAUUGGCAAGGAUCUCAACACCAGCCCUGACACCACCAACAUGUGUCUUUCCAUUUUCGUACUAGCCUUCGCAUUUGGUCCCAUGGUUUUAGCUCCUAUGACGGAAAUAUUUGGUCGUCGCCAUGUAUGGAUUGCCUGUUCCGCAUGGUAUAUCAUAUGGAACGGUGUCUGCGGCUUUGCAAACUCGCAGGGGUUGAUGUUGGCUGCACGACUUUUGUCCGGACUGGGAGCAAGUGCAGAGUUUGCCGUGUCAAAUCCGGUUUUGGGAGAUACCUGGAGGCCAGAAGAGCGCGGACGAUCCUUUGCUGUUGCGACCUUCAUCCCGCUUCUUGGACCCGCCUUAGGCCCGAUCCUGGGAGGCGUGAUCACUAAUUCCGUAGGAUGGCGAUGGCUCUUCUGGGUUCUAUCCAUAUUCGACGCUGUUCUCACCAUUGCUGCUAUCUGGCUCUUUCCAGAAUGCUAUGAACAGCUCCUACUUCACCGGAAGGCGCUCAAGCUACGUAAAGAAACCGGGCGACAAUACCAUACCCGAUGGGGCAUCCACAGCCAACCACUUCUCCAGAAGCUGAAGCGAAGUGUUGUUAGACCAGUGUGGAUGUUGUUCACCCAACCAGUCAUCCAACUCGUCAGCAUCUUCCUUGCGUAUAACUUUGGUACGCUAUACUUUGUUUUGACCAGCUUUGCCUCUAUCUGGAUUACCCAAUAUCAUCAGUCCGUAUCCGCCUCAGGGUUGCAUUAUAUCGCUCUCGUCAUCGGCUCUACCAUUGGUGCCCAGCUUGGAGCGGCCCUCACAGAUCGACUGUGGGCCUAUUUAAAAAAUAAAGCAAAGGGCGAAACAGCACCGGAAUAUCGGAUCCCCCUCAUGAUUCCGGGUUCGAUUGUUAUCCCCAUCAGCUUGUUCUGGUUCGGAUGGGCAGCGGAAACAAAGCAAAAAUGGAUUGUAGUUGACAUUGCCGCGGCACUGUUCAACUUCGGAAUUAUCAUGAGCACGCACUCGCAACAGCAGUACGUUAUGGAAGCGUACCGGGGCUAUGUGGCGUCAGCCACGGCUGCCAGCCAGUUUCUACGAAGCAUUUUUGCUUUUACAUUUCCGCUGUUUGCGCCAGCCCUUUUCAGCCGUUUGGGUUACGGUUGGGGCCAUAGCUUAUUGGCAUUCGUUUUCUUGGGUCUGGGAAUUCCUUCUCCGUUUAUUCUUUGGAAAUUUGGCGCAAAAUUGAGGGCUAGAGGGAAGCCACUGCUAUAA